AUGAAUGAGCAUAAUGUUCAUCUUCUUGCACUUCCAAAUGAAAUAUUACUUCUCAUUUUGAAGAAACUUGACAAUAUUGACGUUCUUUAUUCUUUACUGGGUAUCAAUAAUCAACGACUUGAUAUUAUUGCACAACACCAAAUAUUCAGUAAUAUACUUAAUUUUGUUUCCUCAUCGCAAUCAACUGAUGAGCAUUCUUCAAUUCCUGUUUCAAUAUUAGAUCGAUUUUGUGUUGAUAUAUUACCAAGAGUUCAUCAAAAUGUCAAAUCUCUCAUUGUUGAAUUCGGUUCUUUGGAAUGUAUUCUGCGUGCCGGUAACUAUCCCAAUCUUACUGAACUUCAACUUUUCAAUUUUAACAAAGCAGUCAUUUCACGUUGUUUUAUGGAUGAUUCUCUCUUUGGACAUAUUGGUCAACAAAUUACAAAUCUUAUUUUAAUCAGUAAUGAAAAUGAUAGUUCAAUAAUAUCAGAAGAGUAUACUGAACAUGUUUAUGCAAUUGUGUUUACUGUCUUUGAAAAUUUAAAGCAUUUGAGUAUUGUGCCAUCAUCUAUCAACGAUUAUCCGCCUUUAUCGUUAUAUGAUUUACCACCAAUGACUUUUUCUUCUGCGACACUUACUAAAUUAUGUGUAAAUGUAUAUACUUUUGACGAUUGUCUUGCUUUGCUUGAUGGUCGUCUUAAACAAUUAACGACAUUCAUUGUUCAAAUUGAUUUUAUCGACGAUUGGAUAGCAGUACCGUACAACGUGGAUGAUCUACCUAAUUUAAAAUGUUUCUCAUUAAUAUGUUAUAAUGGUACCCGACUAUAUCGUAAACAAGUUUUACCUCUUCUUCGUCGAAUGUCAUAUCUUGAAGAAUUAACUUUAUAUAUUCAUAUUUUGGAUGGACCCAAAUUUAUCUCUGGUACUCGUAUUGAUAAUGAAAUUCUUCGUCAUAUGUCAAGACUUCAUAUGUUUACAUUCUAUAUGGCUUGUGAAAAGGAUAUAGGUAAUCCAACAAUUCGUAUAUCGAAGUCAGAUAUUGAAAGAACUUUCACAAAUAUUGAACAUCGAUCAGUGGCUUGUAUGAUAGAUUAUUUCGAUUCUAUCAAUAUGAUAUCUCGUGUUUUCUCACUUCCAUUUAAAUUUGAUCGUCUCGAACACAUUGGAAAUAAUAUUCCAAAUAUUCAAUUUAAUUUUGUUAGUUAUUUGACAUUAUGGGAUCUAAAACCAUACAAACAUAAAUUUUUCGUUCGACUUGCUCGAGCUUUUCCAAUUCUUAAAUAUUUAUUGAUUUGGAAUAUGGAACCACCAUUUUUUAGACGUCAUGAAUCUCAUCUUUAUGAUACAGAUUGGUGCUCAAUUGUUGAAUUUCCUCAUCUUAUUUCACUUGAAAUCGAUUAUGUAAGCACUUAUUAUGUUGAACAUUUUCUCAAUGAAACAAAAACACAUUUACCUCGUUUAACUGAAUUAAAAGUCAAUUAUCAACAGUUAAAUUUGGUGACAAAAAACUUUACAAGAGAUGAAACUCGACGUAAUUGUGCUCAAGUCAAACAAUUGAUUGCUAGAUACCCCAUAAUUUAUACAAAAGAUUUUUGUUCCUAUUUUCCUUCGUUAUUAGUUUAA